AAAGACGACGAGAUCUACUACAAUGAUGGAAACGUUGAUCUAGUCAUUCAAGGCAUCGAUUUCAGAGUCUAUAGAGGUGUACUUGCGCAGUUCUCGCCAAUCUUCAAGGACAUGUUUGACCUCGGCUCACCUUCUCCUAUCGACGACACAUCUGGUGAUGGAUCCUUCGUCAUCCAGGGCCCGGGGACGACCGUGUCAACAGUGACGCUGAAAGACUCGGUGCGCGACUGGAGACAUGUUCUCCGUGCCCUCUAUCAAGGUCGUUACUUGUUGACAAUCGACGUAUUAGCCGCUUCUUCUUGCCCAUCUUUCGACAUCCUCUCAGCCUAUAUUCGACUGGGACACAAGUACCAGAUUUCGAUCAUAUACGAUCCCGCAAUGGCGUAUCUCAAAUGGCAUUUCGCCCCAACCUUCUCUAGGUGGAAGACGCGGAGCACCUCCGGAAGCAGGCCGUACACACUGCCCCACUGGGAACCAGAAAACACCAUCGGAGUUGUUAACCUCGCGCGGCUCACGGACGAAGAUUCGAUUCUACCGCUGGCGCUUCUCGGAUGUUGUCAACUUGGCGAUCGCCUUUCAGUAGGGUUCAGGUAUAGCGACGGGAUACGAGAGACGCUCUCUGCAAGAGACACUCUACUCUGUCUAGAGUCUGUUGCGGGAGUCGCAGCCUAUGGAGUGGGUCACACCCUCGCUGUGAGGUCCGCGGUGAAGAACGCGCCGACCGAGCCGACCAAGGGGUCCCGAUGGCCUCGAGUCCGCGAUAAGACCUUGUGGCUGGACGACGGAAAUCUUAUACUUGUCGUCGAAAACAUCGAAUUCCGCAUCUACAAAGGAAUCCUGGCUCAUCACUCCCCAGUCUUCAGUGACAUGCUCUCUCUCCCGCCUCCGGCCUCAUCUCCGAAUAACUCACUCUCGUCUAAGGGAGCAGCAGUUGAUACAGAGGAGGGAAUUCCCGUGGUUACCUUGCCGUCGGACGCGGCGCGCGACUGGCGCCACGUUCUCGAGGCACUGAUGGGCAGGCAAACCAGGAGCGCUGACACUAUGGUCCACAGGGUGGCGACUAUCCAAGGGAGUAAGACAAGCAGCGAGGAGCUCUUCGCCUUCAUCCGCAUCGGGCACAAGUAUCAGAUCGACGGGCUCUACAAGCCGAGCAUGGCCUUUCUCAAGACUCGCUUCCCUCCCAAAAAGCCCGUGAGCAACAGGCACAGGCUGUGGUCGCACGAGACGCACCCUCUCGGGUUCGACGCCGCGCACGCGGUCGGAGUCGUCAACCUCGCGCGCCUUACCGGGGAGACCUCGCUCCUACCCGCGGCCUUUCUACUCUGUUGCCAGAACAGCCUCACCGAGGAAGGCUUUCUGUACAGCGACGGCCACCGUGAGGUGCUCGGCGCAGACGACUUGAUACGCUGCCUCAAAGCCAGGGCGACGCUCAUGGGGCUCACGGCUUCAGUUUUAUCGGAGGUAGUACUUCUCUCGGUCGAUCAUCCGAAAUACCGCGAGAAAUGCCUACAAGAGGUCUUACAGUUCGGUGGGAGACGCGUACAGUUCAACAUGCGCUCUGGGCCGCGUCUCGCGGCGGAUCCAUUCUUGAAGGGAUUCGAGGGCUGGGAGGAUUGGAAUCAAGCGAAGAAGUCUCUCUGUUGGAUAUGCCAGUACAACAUCCUGGAGAAGCUGAAGGAGAAGCGGGAGGAGAUAUGGAAGAGGUUGCCGAAGAUUUUGAAUAUAGAAAUUCCGGAGGCACGUAAUGGUGAGUGCUCGUUUGACGUUCGAGGGAGUUUUGGCUGA